ACAUUGUCGCUAUUUGAUUAUUACUAGGAAAAUAAAAAUCGCGUUAUAGAUCGGAAAUAAAAUUUUUUCCGUAGCCGGGUUUCGAACCUGAACUACGAUAAUGAUAGAGAUUGUCGCCGGAUCCAUAAAUCGCGUAUUUACACCGUUGACGUUAUAACGUAGAAUAAAAUCAGAGUAACGUGAAGAGAAACUGAGUCAAGAAAUCCCCACCACGCGAAUGAAUGUGCGUACAUAAAUAAAGUAUAUUAUACAAUAUAUGGUUAACAUAUAUGGUCGUACAGUCUGAUGCGCUGGGUGCGUUCUCAGAGAAGUGUUGAGCGUGGUAGUUCGUCACGAUUUUCAAAGAUAUCGUAUCGAAAAAAAUUAAAGUGUGAAAUUAAUUAAUUACUGACUAUGGACAUUGAUCUUGUCAAUAUUUUUAUAGAUACAGUGUGGAUACAGUGCGAAAAGGCUUAAUAUAUAUAUGUAAAUAUGUGUGUCAGUUUGAAGAAAAGAUGAUUAUAUAUAGUAUAUGAGACGGUUAAGAGUUUGUGACACAACUGGAGGCUGCCACUCCCGUACGAUAUUAUUUAUAGAAUUUCUUUGCUUUUUAUCAAUAAAGAGAAUAAAAUGGAAGAUAUAUUCCAAUGGUGUCGCGAAGGAAAUGCUAUGCAAGUUCGCGUUUGGUUGGACGACACCGAACAUGACAUGAAUCAAGGCGAUGACCACGGAUUUAGCCCGCUACAUUGGUGCUGUAAAGAAGGCCAUCUCAAAUUGGCAGAGCUGCUAGUUAGUAGAGGAGCACGCAUCAAUGCUACUAAUAGAGGAGACGACACGCCGCUUCAUCUUGCCUCCGCGCAUGGACAUAAGGAAAUCGCUCAGUUGUUAUUGCGAAAUAAAGCAGAUGUAAACGUUACCAAUGAACAUGGAAAUACUGCUCUUCAUUAUGCCUGCUUUUGGGGGGACCAAGCUGUCGCGGAAGAGUUAGUAGCUGCCGGUGCCUUAGUAUCGAUAGCCAAUAAAGAUGGCGAUACUCCUCUUGAUAAAGCUAGAGGACAUUUGGCAAAAAGAUUACACGACAUGGCAGUGGAGCAUGGACAAGAUCUAAAAAAAAUUCAAUUCAAGGAUCAAAGUUGGCUGGGAUUAAAAACUAGGAGUAGAGAUGCCACUCUAUCCAGACACAAAGGUAUCAACAUGGCGGAUCUUGCCUUGCAUACUCAUUUGGCGAGUACUCCAAGCGGAGAAACUUGGAGAGGACGUUGGCAAAACAACGAUAUCGUAGCAAAAAUUUUAAACGUACGCGAGUGUACAGCACGUAUAUCGAGGGAUUUCAACGAAGAGUUUCCUAAACUCCGAAUAUUUUCUCAUCCUAACGUUCUUCCCGUUCUCGGAUGCGUGAAUCAACCACCGCAAUUAGCGACGGUUUCGCAGUACAUGGCUAGAGGAAGUUUGCACAGACUUUUACAUGGAGGUACUGGCGUCGUCGUUGACACGGCGCGUGCGCUUAGAUUGGCUCUCGACGUAGCAAGAGCCAUGGCCUUUCUUCAUGGAUUAGAAAGACAAAAUAGAUGCAGGUUUCAGCUUAACAGCAAACAUAUUAUGAUCGAUGAAGAUUUGACUGCUCGAGUGAAUAUGGCAGAUUCGAAAUUCUCUUUCCAAGAGGUUGGACGUAUAUAUGAACCAGCGUGGAUGUCUCCGGAAGCUCUUAGCAAAAGAUCCUCCGAUAUAAAUUUGGAAGCUAGCGAUAUGUGGAGCUUUGCCGUUCUUUUGUGGGAACUUGCUACGAGAGAAGUGCCCUUUGCCGACCUCUCACCCAUGGAAUGUGGGAUGAAGAUAGCGUUGGAAGAACUGCGUGUUAGCAUACCUCCGGGAAUCUCUCCGCAUCUUGCCAAAUUAAUCAGAAUUUGCAUGAACGAAGAUCCAGGAAAACGUCCCUCGUUCGACAUGGUCGUACCCAUUCUUGAUAAAAUGAAACGUUAACGAUGCAACAAGUUAAAUCUUCGAGAAAUAUAAUGCUAUCGUUAAACCAUUCCGGAUAAAAGCCUAUGGAAUUAAAACGUUAAAGAAUUUCACUCGCUAUUUUUAAAAUACUUUUGUAGUUUGAAACGAUAUUGUUUCGAAUCGUUACAACGAUAUAACAUAUUUUAUAUUAUUUUAUAGAAAUUAAAACACUACACGUGCCUCGAAAAUGUAAGCUGUCUAAGUAUCUUUUGUAUAGUCGUAUUGUUAUUAAAUGUAUAAUAUGAUAUACACGUAAUUAAUAUCUUUAUAACGUUGAGAAGAUUACAAGUCGAUAUUUUAAUACUUUUACUAACGUCGAUGAUAUUUUUCUGAAAAAAUAUUAUAUCCUAUUCAAGUUGAUAAUCGUGGAAUAACUCUUUGCCCUAUGCAUUAAACGAUUAAGCAACGAUUAAAAACUUUUGCAUGCUCUAUUGGUAAAUAUUUAUUUACCUUGCCUCUGUAACUGUAAUGGAUAAUAAAUUACAUACGUCUUUUUACACGGUUGACGCGUACCGUGCGAAAAAAGAUUGCGUAAAAGUUGAAAGAAAAAAACAAAGAAAAAAAGUAUAAAACUAUUGUGUUAAACUAAGGCAGACUAUACGAAAAGCGAUGUAAAAUAUAUAAAUGCAUUUACUAAAAAUAUUUCAUUUAAUAAGCACAGAGAAUGAUAAUUAAUCAUCCGUUGUACGAUGUAUUUAAAGAAAGAAAGAUUUGACAUAUUCACUCUAGGUAUGAUUUCCUUGACGUUUUCUGCAAACUAAUUAGUGCGUGCUUUAUAAUCGUAUGUGAAAAGAUAACCAAAAA